AUGAGAAUAAUUAUCAAUGAGUGUAUAGAAAAAACCUUAGAAGAAGGUUCUAAAAACGAAAUCGAACCAGAUACAUUAGGGUGUAUUGUGAGUAGUCACUUAUUUAAAAAUGAUGUAUGCAGUCCGAUUCGUGAAAUUGUUAAUACUACUUUGUCCGAUAUUCUGAAUGGAAUUAUGAUGAAAGAAAAUUCCUUGUGCGGUGAGCCAUUUACAGUAACAGUCACGGGAGUGAAUAAGAAAGGUCUAACUAAAUAAUCUCGUGAAAAUAAUUGUGUCAUAAAUUUUAGAUCUAAUGGAC